AUGGAUCAAGCUGAGAUAUUUGUCAAUCAAUCCUUAGCCGAAAAUAAGGAUCAAGUUAUCUUAAACAAGACAAAAUUGGGUAUUUUAUCAUAUAGGAAGAAAUCCAAGAGGAAAGCUACCCAUACAGGCAAAGAUGAUACAGAUACAUUAACAUCACUCACAGAAGAGACCAAAAAAUAUGUCUUGAAAAUGAAGCAUCCAAGAUCAGAAUAUGAUAGCAAAAAGUCCUCUGAUCAUCCUUCCUCUUCUGAUGUAGGAUUUGAUAAUAAAGAAAUAAAGGUUGAUCUUACGGAUAUUGAAAAGGAGUUGCUACGAAAACUAACAAGUGAGAACAUUGUCUUCGAUAAUUGUUCUCAGCUUACCUUGCCUUACCCUGCUUAUAUUUUCACUAAUCGUGAAUGGCAGAUGAUUACACGUGAAAAUCCGUAUCUUAUAACUGAUCUGGUACUUCCAACGGAGGUUUUAUCUUCUUUACGGAGUGCAUCGGCCGAUUCCUUAGAAGGAAAGACCGCCUUUUUGUUCAUAGGCGAUUCUGAAAUCGGCCGAGUUGUUUCUCAAAUCUUUAACAACAUGUGUAGUAGUGUUCCUGACGUUGCCCAACUAAAACAUCAGAAGAUGAGCACUCCAUCUGGAUUCACACCUCUUCAACAACAAAAAGAUAGGUUGAAAGUGCAGUUACGAGGGCGUAAAUCCAUCAAUCAGUUGUUAAAAGCGAAGGGUGGUCCGGAGGAAGCGGUAUUGUUAACAAAUCAAGGAGAUUUGGUGGAGUCGGACACUAUGGACCUCAAAUACGAUGGACUUUACCGAUCAUGGCCUUUUUUAACUACCCGGCUGGCUAAAGAUAAAACCACUAUUGCUAGAAUCAAACAUUCGGCAUUUUAUGGCACUAGAGGAACAGUCGAAUUUGUCAAAAGUGACACAACUACUCCGCCAUUGCAAAUACAGUAUAUGCGAGACUUACCGGAUAUUCCGCAAAGGAAAAAGUUACUUAAUUAG